GAAAAACUGUUCCGAACACGCGUGUGCCAUGACGCAAGAUGUUUUUCACAACGGAGGCGGAAGACGCAUCUGUUGAGCAUACGAUGCAGGAAACGUCUUGUUAAGGUACUUGGCUGCGACUAAAGCGGACUUCCAUUCUAAGGCAGAUGUGAAUGCCAUUGGAAGGAGAGAAUCCCCACCAACUGGGAGAUGAAAGUUUCCGUCGUAUAAUCGAUAGCAACUCUGGAAGUCUCGCAGUACGCGUAUGUAGCUCAAGGACAAACAAGAUGUUGCGUGUACAUAUCGGCUAUAUACUAGUUGUAUUUUAAAUCGGUAAUUUGUCUUUGCACAAAGAUCGCUGCACCGGACCAUCGUGAGAAAUGACCCGACGAAAUAUUGGAUUCUUCUAUUUAUAAUUGAAAUACCUUCCGGCAAUCCUCUGGCAAUGUAAACAACGAAAGCCCCCAAACGUCAAGAUCUAAAUAAAGCAAAUGAUUCAUGUACUGUACAAAUAUACGCACUUGCCGAGGCAAUGAUAAUAAAUGUCAGUAUCAACGUGCCAUGUCAGCGUGAGCGAUUAAUAAGAUGGGAUGGACGAGUGGUAGUGCGGCUGUAGUAAUUACUGCUAGAUCGUUUUUAAGACCAAUUGAAAUCGCAACACGAGUGGUGUACCGCAUGGUACAUGAGUGAGCGAGUGCAAUGAAUAUUUCUGCCAAACGAGAAAUACAUUCAAUUUCUAUCUACAUUGGUACGAACGCGCAAAUAACUCGAAGCGGUUUUUCACGAAUGAGAAAUAGGCGGAGAUACGCAUGAUAGAUUAAUCAAUUAUAACGAUUGCUAAAUUGCUCUAGAAUGGCAGAGAACAUACGAAAAGCAUUUCUCAACUUGACUGAAAAUUAUAUCCAACACGGGGCUGUGAUAAACGACUUAAAAUCCGUAACGAUGAUUACCGAUGCAAAAAGUGGAUUUGCAACGCGCUCGAGGAAAUUGCUGGCGAUGCUAUUCGUGCCAUUUCUCUAUGGCGUAUUUUAUAAAUAUUUUUACCUAAGUAUAAUUGGGAGUUUUCAAGGAACUCGAUGCUUGCUGCCAAAUAAUUAUCUCGUAUGGGAAUUCACGAGACCGAUAACGAAUUGCGAUUACUGUCGCGACGUCGAAGCGCCGUUAAUCUUGCCAAAUUUGACCAAAGAGGAAUUUCGCUUUUAUUCCUAUUCGUCCCGACCUAUGAUAAUCAAGAAUGCAGCCAGUGAUUGGCCUGCGCGUCAACAAUUCACUCUGGAAUUCUUUCGAGAUUUAUACGAGCGUACCGAGGGUGCCUACGAGUCGGUAGAAGAGGAAUGCCAGUUUUUGCAUUUCAAGAGUAACUUUGCGAACCUGCGCGAGCUAUUCGCGAUGAGCGAGGCUCAAGCGUUGCAUCGAGAGGGCGAGGAUCCCUGGUACGUCGGUUGGAAAAAUUGCCAUCCACAGAUUCUAGAUGCCAUGAAGCAAUUUUACAACGUACCUCACUUCUUGCCGGAUGACGCGGAAAUCCCGUACAGCAAUUACAUUUUCAUGGGCUACGAGGAAGGUGCCGUUAUGCACUUGGAUUACAUAUCGAGACUCAUGUGGCAAGCUCAGGUAAUAGGUAGCAAAACGUGGAUCGUGGCCCCAACGCCGGAAUGCGAAAGCGAAUGCAAAUCUUUCAAAUUCUCCGUCGAUGUGACGGACGUCGUACUGUUGGAUACGCGGAUUUGGUACCACAGUACUCGCGUCGAAAAUGGAAAUCUUAGUUUGACAGUCACCUCCGAGUACGGGUAGACUUUUUACAGUUUUUUUUUCUUACGCAUUCCAGAGUGUAUAUCUAUAACGUAUAUUGUACAAAAAUUGCUUGGAUAGGAUUCGAGGCAGUUGUUAAUUGUUUUAUCCACGCGUGAAUUGAUUCGAGAAAUUUAUGCCACUUUGUAUCCAGUAUUCAAUUGUUCGAUGUUAACAUUUUUUGUUAUAUAUCGCUAUCUCAAUGCGAGUGAAAUUAUAUUGUUAAAAAAGCAGAUUAAAUUGAACGUAUUUUAAACGUGAAUACCCAUUGAGCCCAUGUAACGUAACCUUUUAUUGAAUAUUGUAAAUAGAGAUAAUUCCUUUUUCUCUCUAGCUAUUGGAGAAAUCAUAACAAUGUAUUCAACGAUCUCGAUGCUUGGUUUUUAUACUCGACUACAGUGUCAUAAGAUUGUGUAUUUUGGAAACUUUCAAUAAAGACUUGAAAAUACA